AUGAAGUGCAAUUCUGGCUUAGCUUUAACCAUGAUUGUAAUAUUAUUCCUGAAGCUGUUCAGCCUUUUUUUUUUUUUUUUUUUUGAAUUAAUUUAUCAGGAAUGGUCUGACCACAAACUCAAAUGGGAUCCGGACGAAUAUGGCGGUGUGCGUCAACUGUACGUUCCAGCUGAGCAAAUAUGGCUGCCGGAUAUUGUUCUUUACAACAAUGCGGACGGAAACUACGAAGUGACCAUCAUGACGAAAGCAAUCAUCCACAACGAUGGCAAAGUGGUUUGGAACCCACCGGCCAUCUACAAGAGCUCCUGCCAGAUCGACGUCCAAUAUUUCCCCUUUGACAAGCAAGACUGUUUCAUGAAAUUCGGCUCCUGGACUUACGACGGUUACCAGGUGGACCUGAAGCACCUGGAGGAGAUCCCGGACAAUGACACCGUGCCCGUGGGAAUGGACCUGAGCGAGUUCUACCUGAGCGUGGAGUGGGACAUCAUGGCCGUGCCCGCCCACCGGCGCGUCCGCCACUACAGCUGCUGCAUCGAGCCCUACCCCGACAUCACCUUCAACAUCACCCUGAGGAGGAAGACCCUCUUCUACACCGUCAACCUCAUCAUCCCCUGCGUCGGCAUCUCGGGGCUCUCCGUCCUCGUCUUCUACCUCCCCUCGGACUCGGGCGAAAAGGUGUCCCUGUCCGUGUCCAUCCUUUUAUCGCUGACCUUUUUUUUCUUGGUGUUAUCGGAAAUCAUUCCAUCGACGUCGCUGGCGAUGCCCCUACUAGGGAAGUAUCUGGUUUUCACAAUGAUUCUGGUGACGGUGUCCGUGAUCGUGACGAUCGCGGUCCUGAACGUGCACUUCCGGUCUCCUUCUACUCACCGGAUGGCGCCCUGGGUGAGGAGGAUCUUCAUAGGGAUUUUGCCCCGCAUUCUGCUCAUGAGGCCGCCUCAGUACAAGAUCGAGACCGAAGACAGCAAGAAUAACAUUGUUGAAAGUGGAGGUUACGGGAAGGAAUCUCUGGUCGUGCACCCUCUGGCGAACAGCACGGGCGUCGCGGUCGCCCGCCGGGCCUCCGAGGAGUUGGUGAUUCACGAGCUGCAAUCCAGUCCCGGCCUGGACGGUGCCGGCAAGCGCCUACCCCGGCAGAUCGAGCGGGCCAUCCACAACGCCAUGUUCAUUGCGCAGCACAUCGACAACAAGGACGAUUUCGAGAGCUGCAACAAUGAAAAAAAUAUCAAGGAGGAUUGGAAAUACGUGGCGAUGGUCAUCGACCGUUUUUUCCUCUAUGUCUUUACCCUUGCCUGUGUCGUUGGAACAUGUGGUAUCUUCCUGCAGGCCCCAUCUUUGUAUGAUCCAGAAAAGCCAAUUGACGUCACUCUGUCCAAGGUGGCUCUCGGACAGGACAUGCCCAAUACCCUCUUCGAAUGA